CGUGAGUUAUUGGAUCGGUUAAUUUUAAUGGCGAGCACAAUCAGAAGCGACGGCGACAGCGAUAACAAAAGCAGUCAAGUAGAGCAGAGAUUGCGUUCCCUCUUUGACCUCCCAUCUGACUUUUUCGAUUCAUGUCGCUUGCUUCAUGAUGGGAAGGACACUUCUACCUCCGUUUCCGAUUCUUCUUUGGUUUCUUCCUACGAGCCUCUCGAAGAAACCUCUGCAGUAGCCAUUGGCGAAUACCUGAAGGUAGAAUCUCCGGAGGAUCUGCCAAAGACCCAAAAGGUUGUGUCGAGAUUGUCCUGCAAUAGUUGUAAGGCGGAGUUCGAGUCCCUUCAAGACCAACGCUCUCAUUUUAAGUCCGACUUUCACCGUUUCAAUGUCAAGCUGAGCAUUUCUGGGAAAAAUACUAUCAAAGAGGAAGAUUUUGAUGAGUUGACCUCAGAGUCUGUUACCAAUGAUUAUGACAUAUCAAGUAUAUCAGGGUCAGAAGAUGAGACAGAGAAGGGAUUCUGUCCAAGCAAUGAUGUACACAGGAAAACAGGCGAUAACAUGAAACAUAAACUAUUUAUCCGUCUAAAGACAGGAGAGAUGGUUUCUAUUUGGAAGUGUUUGCUGUUGGAUGAAUCUGAAAAUCUCUCAUUUCAUGACGACAAGUUACUGUCCGUGGAGAAUGGCGAAUCUAAAUCAUGCUUGAGAGAGAGUGAGAUAGUUGGGAGAUUGAAAAAAUUGAUUUGUGAACCUCGGGAUAAAACAUGUCUACGAGUUGUGUUGCUUGCAAGUGGAGGGCACUUUGCUGGAUGUGUGUUUGAUGGAAACUCUAUUGUGGCUUGCAAAACAUUCCACAGAUAUGUUGUGAGGGCUAAGGCUGGUAAAAAGCAAUCAUCUAAAGAUGCAAGUGGCAAAGCUGCACAUUCUGCUGGAUCAACUCUUCGCCGGUAUAACGAGUCUGCCUUGAAGAAGGAAAUUCAAGAAUUACUUGCUUCUUGGAAGCCAUUUUUUGAUGCUUCAUCAUGCAUUUUUGUUCAUGCUCCUUCAAAUAAUCGUCAACUGCUUUUUACUGGAGGAAAAGCACACUUCAAUCAUGAGCAUUCAUUUGUAUGGCAUGUCCCUUUAACUGUCCGGCGGCCUACCUUCAAGGAAGCUAAGCGGGUGUAUAAUCUUUUGACCCGUGUGGUCUAUGAGAUAAAUGAGAAGGAAUGUCAACCAAGCAUAAAGGAUAACUCUGCAUUAAUUUUGAGCACUGCACAGGGUAGCAACCCCGAGUCCAAUGAUGUACAGUUGUUGGAUCAAUUGCAAAAUGAGGAAACUGCUGAAGUGAAUUCAGAUUUAAAAAAUUCUGAUGGAUUGUCUGCAUCAACUGAAAGUGAAAUUAUUGUUACAUCAACAGCUCUACAUGAGGCAGCGAUGUCUGGCAAUGCUGAAAAAACUUUGGAUCUAUUAGAACAGGGUUUGGAUCCUUGCAUUAAAGAUUCAAGGGGACGGACACCAUAUAUGCUAGCAGCUGAGAAGGAAGUUAGGAACAUUUUUAGACGUUUCAUGGCUUUGAACCUGGAUAAGUGGGAUUGGCAUGCUGCUAAUGUACCUAGUCCACUGACAAAAGAAAUGGAGGAAUCUCAAGCUGCUAAACUGGCUGAGAAAGAUGCGAAGAGGAAAGCCAAAUCAAAAGAAUUGAAGAAAUUGCGGAAAGCAAAGGAGAAAAAAGCUCAGGCGGAGGCAGCCGUAUCCCAGGUUACUGCUGCUGCUCCACUUGGUAUGGGAGUUUCUUCUGCCUCAACUAUUAAAGGACAACCGCAAUCAAGCGGUGGAGCACGCAUAUCCACCGAGGAGGAACUAAAAAGGGCACGGGAUGCUGAGAGAGAAAAGAGAGCAGCUGCAGCUGAGAAGAGAAUGGCAGCAUCAGCAGCAGCAGUCACUCUCAAUGCCCAAGGGGUGAAGACUACUUUGGCACCAAGCGGUUCAGAGCUGAAAGGUGGAAUAGGAGAUGAUAUUAGUUGUUCCUGCUGUAAUGCAUCCUUGGCUGGUAAAGUCCCCUUCCAUAGGUAUCACUACAAGUACUGCAGCACAUCAUGUAUGCAUGUACAUAGAGAGAUGCUCGAGGAUGGAUAAACCUAUGCCAAUAAUUUUCUUUUAGUUGUUAUUUUCUUAGGUUAUAAGAUCCAUCCAAACGGGACCUUACAAGUAGUGUUUU